UCAGCUGAUGUUGUGUCUGUGUGUGUUUGUCAGGAUGAAGUUGUGUGUAUGUGUCAGCUGAUGUUGUGUGUGUGUGUCAGCUGAUGUUGUGUGUGUGUGUGUGUUUGUCAGGAUUAAGUUGUGUGUUUGUGUGUUUGUCAGGAUGAAGUUGUGUGUGUGUGUGUGUGUGUGUGUGUGUGUGUUUAUCAGGAUUAAGUUGUGUGUUUGUGUUUGUCAGGAUGAAGUUGUGUGUUUGUGUGUCAGCUGAUGUGUGUGUGUGUGUUUGUCAGGAUGAAGUUGUGUGUUUGUGUGUCGGCUGAUGUUGUCUGUGUGUGUUUGUCAGGAUUAAGUUGUGUGUUUGUGUGUUUGUCAGGAUGAAGUUGUGUGUGUGUGUGUGUGUGUGUUUAUCAGGAUUAAGUUGUGUGUUUGUGUUUGUCAGGAUGAAGUUGUGUGUUUGUGUGUCAGCUGAUGUGUGUGUGUGUGUGUUUGUCAGGAUGAAGUUGUGUGUUUGUGUGUCGGCUGAUGUUGUCUGUGUGUGUUUGUCAGGAUUAAGUUGUGUGUUUGUGUGUGUUUGUCAGGAUGAAGUUGUGUGUUUGUGUGUGUUUGUCAGGAUGAAGUUGUGUGUGUGUGUGUGUGUGUUUGUCAGGAUGAAGUUGUGUGUUUGUGUGUCAGCUGAUGUUGUGUGUGUGUGUGUGUUUGUCAGGAUGAAGUUGUGUGUUUGUGUGUCAGCUGAUGUUGUGUGUGUGUGUGUGUUUGUCAGGAUGAAGUUGUGUGUUUGUGUGUCAGCUGAUGUUGUGUGUGUGUGUUUGUCAGGAUGAAGUUGUUUGUUUGUGUGUCAGCUGAUGUUGUGUGUUUGUGUGUCAGCUGAUGUUGUGUGUUUGUGUGUCAGCUGAUGUUGUGUCUGUGUGUGUUUGUCAGGAUGAAGUUGUGUGUUUGUGUGUCAGCUGAUGUUGUGUGUGUGUGUUUGUGUUUGUCAGGAUGAAGUUGUUUGUUUGUGUGUCAGCUGAUGUUGUGUGUUUGUGUUUGUCAGGAUGAAGUUGUGUGUUUGUGUGUCAGCUGAUGUGUGUGUGUGUGUUUGUCAGGAUUAAGUUGUGUGUUUGUGUGUCAGGAUGAAGUUGUUUGUUUGUGUGUCAGCUGAUGUUGUGUGUUUGUGUUUGUCAGGAUGAAGUUGUGUGUUUGUGUGUCAGCUGAUGUUGUGUCUGUGUGUGUUUGUCAGGAUGAAGUUGUGUGUUUGUGUGUCAGCUGAUGUUGUGUGUGUGUGUUUGUGUUUGUCAGGAUGAAGUUGUUUGUUUGUGUGUCAGCUGAUGUUGUGUGUUUGUGUUUGUCAGGAUGAAGUUGUGUGUUUGUGUGUCAGCUGAUGUUGUGUCUGUGUGUGUUUGCCAGGAUUAAGUUGUGUGUUUGUGUGUCGGCUGAUGUUGUCUGUGUGUGUUUGUCAGGAUGAAGUUGUGUGUUUGUGUGUUUGUCAGGAUGAAGUUGUGUGUCUGUCAGCUGAUGUUGUGUGUGUGUGUGUUUGUUUGUCAGGAUGAAGUUGUGUGUUUGUGUGUCAGCUGAUGUUGUGUGUCUGUGUGUGUUUGUCAGGAUGAAGUUGUGUGUUUGUGUGUCAGCUGAUGUUGUGUGUCUGUGUGUGUUUGUCAGGAUGAAGUUGUGUGUUUGUGUGUCAGCUGAUGUUGUGUGUGUGUGUUUGUCAGGAUGAAGUUGUGUGUUUGUGUGUCAGCUGAUGUUGUAUGUCUGUGUGUGUUUGUCAGGAUGAAGUUGUGUGUUUGUGUGUCAGCUGAUGUUGUGUGUGUGUGUUUGUCAGGAUGAAGUUGUGUGUCUGUCAGCUGAUGUUGUGUGUGUGUGUUUGUUUGUCAGGAUGAAGUUGUGUGUUUGUGUGUCAGCUGAUGUUGUGUGUCUGUGUGUGUUUGUCAGGAUGAAGUUGUGUGUUUGUGUGUCAGCUGAUGUUGUGUGUCUGUGUGUGUUUGUCAGGAUGAAGUUGUGUGUUUGUGUGUCAGCUGAUGUUGUGUGUGUGUGUGUUUGUCAGGAUGAAGUUGUGUGUUUGUGUGUCAGCUGAUGUUGUGUGUCUGUGUGUGUUUGUCAGGAUGAAGUUGUGUGUUUGUGUGUCAGCUGAUGUUGUGUGUCUGUGUGUGUUUGUCAGGAUGAAGUUGUGUGUUUGUGUGUCAGCUGAUGUUGUGUGUGUGUGUUUGUCAGGAUGAAGUUGUGUGUUUGUGUGUCAGCUGAUGUUGUAUGUCUGUGUGUGUUUGUCAGGAUGAAGUUGUGUGUUUGUGUGUCAGCUGAUGUUGUGUGUGUGUGUUUGUCAGGAUGAAGUUGUGUGUCUGUCAGCUGAUGUUGUGUGUGUGUGUUUGUUUGUCAGGAUGAAGUUGUGUGUUUGUGUGUCAGCUGAUGUUGUGUGUCUGUGUGUGUUUGUCAGGAUGAAGUUGUGUGUUUGUGUGUCAGCUGAUGUUGUGUGUCUGUGUGUGUUUGUCAGGAUGAAGUUGUGUGUUUGUGUGUCAGCUGAUGUUGUGUGUGUGUGUGUUUGUCAGGAUGAAGUUGUGUGUUUGUGUGUCAGCUGAUGUUGUGUGUCUGUGUGUGUUUGUCAGGAUGAAGUUGUGUGUUUGUGUGUCAGCUGAUGUUGUGUGUGUGUGUUUGUCAGGAUGAAGUUGUUUGUUUGUGUGUCAGCUGAUGUUGUGUGUCUGUGUGUGUUUGUCAGGAUGAAGUUGUGUGUUUGUGUGUCAGCUGAUGUUGUGUGUGUGUGUGUUUGUCAGGAUGAAGUUGUGUGUCUGUCAGCUGAUGUUGUGUGUGUGUGUGUUUGUUUGUCAGGAUGAAGUUGUGUGUUUGUGUGUCAGCUGAUGUUGUGUGUCUGUGUGUGUUUGUCAGGAUGAAGUUGUGUGUUUGUGUGUCAGCUGAUGUUGUGUGUCUGUGUGUGUUUGUCAGGAUGAAGUUGUGUGUUUGUGUGUCAGCUGAUGUUGUGUGUGUGUGUUUGUCAGGAUGAAGUUGUGUGUUUGUGUGUCAGCUGAUGUUGUAUGUCUGUGUGUGUUUGUCAGGAUGAAGUUGUGUGUUUGUGUGUCAGCUGAUGUUGUGUGUGUGUGUGUUUGUCAGGAUGAAGUUGUGUGUCUGUCAGCUGAUGUUGUGUGUGUGUGUUUGUUUGUCAGGAUGAAGUUGUGUGUUUGUGUGUCAGCUGAUGUUGUGUGUCUGUGUGUGUUUGUCAGGAUGAAGUUGUGUGUUUGUGUGUCAGCUGAUGUUGUGUGUCUGUGUGUGUUUGUCAGGAUGAAGUUGUGUGUUUGUGUGUCAGCUGAUGUUGUGUGUGUGUGUGUUUGUCAGGAUGAAGUUGUGUGUUUGUGUGUCAGCUGAUGUUGUGUGUCUGUGUGUGUUUGUCAGGAUGAAGUUGUGUGUUUGUGUUUGUCAGGAUGAAGUUGUGUGUUUGUCUGUCAGCUGAUGUUGUGUGUGUGUGUGUUUGUCAGGAUGAAGUUGCAGUGUGAUGUGGAGGUUGUGAAUCGGAUGUUGCCGACUGUCGGUCUGAAGAAUAAAGGUAAAUCCAGUCGAGCGGUUUUAUCCAUCGGGAAACAUGUGGACAGAAGUUCUCACAGCAGCAGUUUGUAUCUGUUAAUCUGCACUGCCAAAGAUAGAAGCGGAUCCAAAUACAAGCUGAAGGAGAACAUUGAGAAGUUCUUCACAUGGUUUGUUGAAGAAGGUAAAGCUACAGUUCGACUGAAGGAACCGGCUAUUGACAUCUGUUUGAGUAAAGCCGAUAUCAACAGCUUGAAAAACUUUCUCUCUGCCGCCCGACUGGCACACAGAGGAAGUGACACGGACUCUCUCCCGCUGUCCACCCUCACACCAGUCCGUGCCCGUGAUGUCGAGAAGCCGAAGAAGAAGCUCACCAUUUUGUCAAAGAAGGACUAUCCUCUCACUUCCUGCUUCCCGUAUUCCCUGGAACAGCUGCAGGUGUCAUACUGCAGACUGUCACGAGUGGACAUGCGCAUGCUGUCGCUCAAAGCGCUCCGUCGGUUAGAUCUGAGCAACAAUCAUAUCAAGACGUUGCCGUCCACCAUCGGAGACUUGAGCUGCCUGUCCGAAUUAAUUCUUCACAAUAAUCACCUGGAGAACUUCAGUGACGUGCUGUGCGUGUCGAGUCUACAGACGUCUCUUCAGCAUCUGGACUUGAGUCAGAACCGGCUGACAGUCCUGCCCGCUCGCUUCUGUCGGCUGCACGAGCUGGUCAACCUUAAACUGGACGAUAACAAACUCGUGCGGCUGCCAUUCCACAUCGGGCGGCUCACAAAGAUGCGUUUCCUGUCCGCCGCUCAUAACCAGCUCACUCUACUUCCUGCAGACUUCAGGAAACUGAGUCUGGAAAACUUGGAUCUGUUUGGUAACCCGUUCACUCAACCCAACACUCUUGACCAUACGAUACACCUGACGUUUCCUCUGACGCUACAGGAGUUAACGUCACGCGCUGUGCUCGACCUCAGAAUCCCGUAUGGUCCUCGUAUCAUCCCCUUCCACUUGUGUGAUGAGCUGGAGUUCUGUAAAGUGUGUGAUUGCGGCCGUGCGAGCCUGAAGUCGUACAUCCAGACGGCCGUCAGUAUGAAUCUGCACCUGGUGUCUCACACCGUUGUGUUAGUCGACAACAUGGGCGGCACAGAAGCUCCAGUGCAGCGAUAUUUCUGCUCGCUCACGUGUUACUGCGAGUUCAUGGACAGCUGCGUGCAGCGUGGACUGAGAUGAUGUGAGCGUGUUGAUUAAUGUUUAAUAGUGUGACGUGUGUAUGAACGAUGGUUACAGAUCUCAGAGUUACAUCACAGUGAAUGACAGCAUGUGUUUUCAGUGUUUGUUUGUUUUAUCCUCUUUUUACUUAAAGUUGAAUUGCAAAGACCUUCAAUUUCCCU